AUGGUUCUCACUAGAAGUGCCGCCAGCUCGUGUAGCAGCCCGCUUCCCGCUGACGCUAGCGCAGCCGUGCCUGAGCCUGUGUCUGCACUUGAGCCUGUACCUGCUCCUGUAUCCGCACAUGUGCCUGUUGCCGAGGAAGACCCUGAGAAAGAGGAGGAUCCUAAAGAAUUUGUACCAGUGGUGGACCUCACUCAAGAUGAUGAAGAAGAGGUGAUUCAUGUGGAGGAGGACCAAGCUGAGGAUGAUCAAGCUGAAACUGCACAAGAGGUACCUGAAGACACACCUGGAGCUGGACCUGGAGCUGUUCCACCGCCACCGCCGCCAGCACCGCAGCAGCCAGAGAAGUGGACCUUGUAG